AUGGCAACAGUGGAUUUGGACUCUCCGACAUACACUUGCAGAAGUGCUAACUCUUUGACAAACUACAGUACCAUUUAUGUGGGGUUGGUUGUUGAUUGUGUGCUUGAUCCAGGUAUCUUGGGCGAUAAAGCUGCCGAGUUGGUUGCGGCAUGGCCAAUUCUUGGUGGCACGUUGCUGAAGAGCACAAAACCAUGGUCAUUCACUUGUGGCUCCACUGUCGAUUUUGCAAGUAGAACCAUUGAACAAGUAUCAAGUUGCUAUCUUCCACUCAAUUGGGAGCCUAAGGAUCAACCGACAAUCCUGGAAGGUCAGCAGCCGUCCGAAAUAGAUGAGAAAUUUAUAUUCGAUGUCGGUUUCAACGACACUAAUUUCAGCCUUCGAGUAACUCUUCUUUCGGAUGCUACCUUUCUCUGUUUUGGAAUAGCACAUCAUAUCUGCGAUGGCACGGAUUGUUUUGAGGUGGUUCGCGCAUUCUGUGACCUACUAUCGAAGAAAUCGAUCCCUCGCUUUGCUCUUCCACCUGAUGCAGAAGGUACACGUUUGUCGGAUAAAAUGAUUGCUAAGACUGAAUGGACCAAAGAAAAGCGUGAUAUGUAUUACAACACUCACGCGGAAAAUUUGGACAAUGGGAUUUUCAAGUUUGGAAGACUUCUCUGGCGUGUGCUAUCAGCAACAUUUGCUGAAAAUCUCGGGUUUGCCGAGAAGCUCAGUACCAAGUUUAUUCAUGUCCCAGGUGCUUGGGUGGACGAAUUACGGGCCAAAUCGCAGGAAGAGUUGAACCGAAGUCUUUUGGAUAUCAACCUCACACGGAAUGAUGUUCUCGCUGCAUGGUACUUGAAGACCAUUUAUUCCCCUCAGCCUUCGUCUCAGGACUCGGUGGAUUAUUACGGACCCAUCAAUUAUCGGCGUUUCAUCAAACCUGCUGAGACUGGCACCUACUACAUUCACAAUAGCGUCGGUGUGCUUCGCUGCAAAUUCUCUGUUGAACAGUUGCGAAGAGAGCCCAUCGCCAACAUCGCAAGAGACAUACGCCUCAAGACGUUGCAAUACACCUCUCCUGCUUCUAUUGAACAAUAUCUCCGGUUUUCCGAAGAUCACGCAUCCGCACCUCUUGCAUUGAAUGCUCGCCGCGGUGGAAACCUCGCUGUGGUCUUGCUUUCCCAGUGGACAUCGUUCAAUUACACUGGUCUGGAUUUCUCUGGUGCUAGUCUCGAUAGACAGAUUGCACCUGUCGUAAGCUUUGUCAAUCCAGCAGUUACAAUUCCAUUCAACCUUACAAUUGGACCAAUGGUCCUCAUCGAAAAAAAUGGAUCAGGGGGCUACUGGAUUCGGGCUUCGAACACUUCGUCUGGUUGGAAAGCAUUUAGCCAUUUCAGCAGGAUGCAGAAUCUUUUCCCGGCGGAAUGA